CAACUCGAGUGCCAUCGACAGCUCUGGCGGGUCGAUGAGAACGUUCGAGAGGACGAAGAUGAGCAAUGGUCAAGGGUAGAACGAUGAGUGCGAUUGUUGUUACUCUCAUCUUGAGAGACGUAAGAUAUGUUCAACCCUUGUCGCAGUAACGAGAUAGAGAGGGUCCUUUGUAUUCUACGUCGUGCAGUAAUUCUACGUAUUGCUAUGGGAAAGGAAGAGGAGAAAGAGAGAAAGAUACGGGUGGAGGAGAUUGUUUGUGUUGUAGAGAUCGUAUGAGAAUGCCGAUUGAGUAUAAACAAAUAUAAGGACAAAUUCGACCGAUAAUGGAAGAAUUGCUGUGUCGCUAGAAAGAGAGGGGGGUUUGUAUAGCUACAGAUGGUAUUUUCUAAUCCUUCCUGGUGAAAUUAUAUACACCUGGAUAGGGGGUGCUUGUCAGAGUCAAAAAGAAGAUCUAAAUGAGUGUAGUGGAAGGAACAGAGGUAAAGGAUAAAGUUGUAACAAUCCAGGGGCGAGGGGUUAUUGGGGUGGUUAUGGAUCUCAUGGAUCAUGGAGCGCGCCAGUCCGCCAUCCCUCAACCUCGACACUGGGAGAUGUGGCCAUUUAGCAACCAAAGUAACGAUAUGCCUCCCAGAUUAUCCCUCUCAUUCUCCACUUCUACUCCCAGAACUCGUCCUCCAACUCGGUCCGUCUCAACACAAAAACGUAAAACCGCUUACACACCCGAGGUCACACCCCAAACACGUCUCUCCUCGUCAACCCGUCGAACCCGUCGAGGAAAAUCCCCUUCUCUUCCUGCUGACCCCGAAGCAGAAGUUGAGAAGGACGUUAAAGAGGGCGAGGAGGAUCUGGAACAGGAAUUAGAAGCAUGGCAAGAAUUCUCAGCGGAUCAUUAUGAGAUCGUGGAGCAAUUACCAUUGGAACUUCAUAGGAAUUUCCGACUUUUGAGGGAAUUGGACAAUAGUAAUGUUGCACAAAUCCACAGAUUGGAAAAACUCGUCCGGGCGUAUAUAUCCCAUCGUCUAGACCAUAAACAUCUUCGACCAUCUUCAAUACCCACCACCUCACGUUCGAACAGUCACAUCCGGAAUGGAACUAUCGAUGAAGAGACCAAAGAGUUGGCCGCAGCCGCAGAAGAUGGUAAAGUGGCAGAGGAACAUCAACAUAGGGCGGAUCAUAUGGGUGUACCUAUACCUGAUGGACGUGGUGGUCUAGUGUUACCUGCGAAUACAGAAGAAGAAAUCGAACCUAGACUGGCGUUUCCACCUGUUCGACGUGAUGAAAUCACCAAUCAAACCGCUGAUGAGAACGUUGACCCGACUUCGAUGAAAUCACAGACGAACGGUGAACCCUCCGGGACGGUGUCAGAAAGGGGAGAAGAGACAGGUUCUCAGAUCGAUCGAACAAGUCCUUCCAAAACCCCAUCUCGCUUUUCAGACAUAUCGAGAAAUCCAUCAAAACAACCAGACAAAAACCGGCCAGUUUCUAUUUUACCGGAAAUAGCGAGGUUAGUGAGGGAUAUAGUAAGAAACGGAGAGGAAAAGUUAGCUGUGGCAGUAGGUGCGUAUAACUCUGUUGAUCGACAUAUACGAGCUCUUGAUUCUGCUUUGUCGGCACAAGAAGCAUCUAUGAUCUUAGGACUUCGGGCUGAUACUUUACCUUCUGCAGCUGUGGAAGGUACGCCAGAACCUCAGCCUGCUCUAUCGGCCGAGGAAGGUGGAGAGUUGGUUUUGGGUAUUGGAGGGGGUAGGAAGCGAAAGAAGGGAAGGGGAAAGAAAGCGAAGGUGGAGAUGGAGGUAUCAGAGGACGUUGCUCCGGUCAUAGAGGCAGAUCCUUCGGAACCCAGAUAUUGUUACUGUAAUCAAGUUUCUCACGGUCAGAUGAUCGGAUGCGAUAAUGAUGAUUGUCCACUUGAAUGGUUCCAUCUAGGUUGCACGGGACUCAAAACUCCUCCACAGGGAAAAUGGUAUUGCAAAAUAUGUCGACCGCAACAGAAUGUGCAGAUUGUGAAAAAGAAGAGUCGGAAAAGUCGAUAG